AUGGCCCUGUUGGCAAGAAAACAAGGAGCAGAAGACAGCCUUACUGCAGGCUCUGCCAUGUCCAAAGAAAAGAAGCUGAAGACACGACACUGUUUUCCAUCCAGCCAAUUGGAUUCUCAGAUUGAUGACUUCGCUGGUUUCAGCAAAGAUGGGCUGAUGCAGAAACCUGAUAGCAAUGCACCUGUGGGAGGAAUCAUUACCAGCAAUUUAUCUGGAGAUGACCUAAAAUGCAGAGAAAUAUUCCCUUUUCCCAAAAGCCAAGAAGAAAUUAAUGCUGAUAUAAAAUGUCAAUUAGUGAAGGAAAUCCGAUGCAUUGGACGAAAAUAUGAAAAAAUCUUCAAAUUGCUUGAAGGGGUGCAAGGACCUAUAGAAGUCGAAAAACGAUUUUUUGAAUCCAUCUUCAAGCAGCAAGGUGGAUGUAUGAGAUGAGACUUUGUUCAGCACCUUGAGAAGAAACUGAAACGUAUGACUUGAGAAUACUUGUCCAUGGAGGAUUAUCAUACCCCAAAUGCAUAAUCUCGUUAAUGAUUGAUCAGAUUGCUGUUUUCUACAAUGGAGCAGGAUAUUGCUGAAGUCUCCUGGCAUAUGUUACUGAAUCAAAUGGCCUUCCAGAGGCUAAGAAAUUUCUGAUAGUAAAAGAUGUUCUUUUUUCCUAAGGAUUUUAUUU